AUGUUGUUCAAUGCGUAUUACCUGGGUCUCAUGCGCGAUGCGUGGAACGCAUGUCGGAUACAAACGAGUUCUAACGAUCCUCUUAAGCCCGAGUCUUCACGACUCCUCGAAGAAGACCCCUACCAGGCGGGGUAUGGCUACGGAGCUCUCAACCAUGCUCAGCAGGCCAACCAGCCGGAUCCGGAAUACGUGAGGCGCGAGCGGGAGGCUCUGGAUGCCAUUUGCCAGCGCACUUCUGACUCCGUCAUCGACAUCUGGUCCCUCCAACCACAACCUCAUCUCCUACCCCAGGCAACCCUCCACGGCCCGACCUCCGCGUCAGCAUCUCCAACCCCCGAAGAGGCCUCGCACCUCACCGUGUCUGCCGAUAACACCUCUCAGCGGAGCCGUCCUACUUCGGGCGGCACCGUUCCAAAACACUGGGGCGAGGUUGUCGUGAAUCCCAGCAAGAAGCGCUCCCGCCAGGACUUGAACGCCGGCAAUGAACCGGCCCGUGAUGUCCGUGAUGUCUUCGGUGUACUCAAGGUCAACUAA